AUGUAUGAUUCGAUUGCGCAGCAGGAUGUGGCGGAGACAGAGCAUACAACUGAUCCUGUUGGAGUGGUAGAUACAGAGGAUGCUAAUCCAGCUGAUCAGGAUUUGGUAGGGAUGUCAGUGUGUUCGGUUGAUGAAUCAUAUGACAUGUAUAAUGAUUAUGAUUUUAGAGUAGGUUUUAGUGUGAGGAGGGGUAAGCAAAGAUAUUCUUCUGCUACAAAAACAAUGAAGACGAAGAUGUUCCAUUGUUCGAAGGAUGGAUUUAAAAGGAGUACAGGAAAAGGGUGUUAUUCUAAAAUUGAUGGUCGUACAGGUUGUGGUGCAUAUGUCCAAUUCGAUUUACAUGAGAAUGGGAUGUGGAUUGUUUCGAAGCAUGAGAAGUUGCAUAAUCAUGAAUUGGUUCCACCAAGCAAGAGUUACCUUCUAAGGUCACAUAAGAUGGUGUCUAGGAAUCAUAUAUCCUAUCUUACUGAUUUGAAGAGCAGUGGUGUGUCUGUUGCAGAUGGUGUAAGAUUCCUUAAAACACAAUCAGGGGGAUCACCACUUGUUGGUUUUACAAGUAGGGAUGCAUAUAACUCUCUAUGUACCGAUGCAUUGAAUAGAUUGCAUGGUACCGAUUCAAACACAUUGAUUGAAAUAUUCAAACGGAGGCAGUCAAGUGAAAGGGAUUUUUACUUUGAUUUUGAGGUGGAUUUGGAGUCAAGUCCACAAAGCAUAAUGACUGAUCAAUGUGCUGCUAUGGCUGCUGCAAUUGUUCAAGUUUUUCCAAGUUCACGACAUCGGCUAUGUAUAUGGCAUAUUGGCGAGAACUCAAAAAAGCACAUUAAAGGAUUAAGAAAUCAAAAAGAUUUCCUAGAUAUAUUCAAUUGCUUGUUGAAGUAUACGGAUACAGAGGCAGAGUUUGAAUUUUACUGGACAAGGAUGGUUACAACAUAUAAAUGUCACAAUAAUCAUUGGAUUGAAAAGUUGUAUGGGUGUAGAGAAAAAUGGUUUCCUGCAUUUAAUAAAGAUUAUUUUUCGGGUGGGAUUUUAUCUUCUCAAAGGAGUGAGACCACAAAUCACUCUAUUUCUAGAAGGUUGUCCAAGACAUCUGGUUUGUGUGAUUUUUAUAACUCAUUUGUUGGGGUCAUAUCAGAGUGGAGAAGUAGAGAGAAUGGGGAAGAUGUUCGGUGUUCACAAGGUGUACCCACAAUGGUGAUGGAUAAUGUUAAGAUUCUGUUGCAUGCUAGGAAAAUUUAUACAAUUGAGAUAUACUAUUUGUUUGAAGAAUAA